CUCCUCCCUUCCCUUUUCCAACUUCUCCACCACAAGAUUAACCAAAACAAUACAAUACAACACAACACAACACAUUUUCUCUCACUCUUCUCUUUCACUUCCUUAGCCAAUACCAACUAGCAGACGUUACCAAGAUAUAUAUGGCUCUUGAGGCACUCAAUUCGUCCACGCCACCGUUGAACCCCGACGAGAAUCUCCUCCUCACCAAGAAGAAACGCUCCAAACGGCCUCGUAUUGAGGAGGAAUCAGCCUCGCCUUCAGAGGAGGAGUACCUCGCCCUCUGCCUUGUCAUGCUCGCUCGUGGCGCUACUAAUGUCAAAAUUAAACCACAACCACAACAACAACGGGUUACCUACAAGUGCGGGGUGUGUGAAAAGGAGUUUCUCUCUUACCAAGCUCUAGGUGGUCACAAGGCGAGCCAUAGGAAACCGGCUGUCGUCGUUGAUGGUUUGAAAACCGCCGUGAAUACCACCGCCACGUCAUCUUCAUCCACCUCUACCGGCGCUGCCAAAACACACGUGUGCACUAUUUGUAACAAGUCUUUUCCUAGUGGUCAGGCAUUAGGCGGUCACAAACGCUGCCACUACGAAGGUGGGAUUAACAACAAAAGUAUUUCCGCCGCCACCGCAUCUGAUGGUGCCGCCGCUACUUCCACCGUCACACACAGUCGGAUCGAAUUCGACUUGAACUUGCCGGCGUUUCCUGAUAACUUGACCGUUGACUUUGACGGAGUCAUCUUCAAACACGCUUGCUUUGAUCAAGAGGUCGAAAGCCCACACCCGUCGAAGAAGCCUCGCCCUUUUAGUCUUCAUUGAUUAAUUAUUUAUUACUCCAUCGUAAACCAACUUUUUUUUUUUUUUUUUAGUGUAUUUCUGUAAAUAGAGAGAUCUUGAUUCUUGUCAUGAUGAUUGUAAUUAUUAUUGUUACCAUACAAAAUUAUUAUUGGGUGAGAUAUUAAUAAAAAUUAUACUAGCUUCGUAGUAAUUUAAUUAA